AUGACUACAGCCUGCAAUGUGGGUUACACUGGCCAUACAAGCCAUGCUAUUUUGAUCGCCGUCAUCAUCAAGGUCAACGUCAACUUUGUCGAAACCAAAGGCCAAAGCUUCCAUCCGCACACUGCACAUUCAGAGCUACUUGGUCCUUCCGGGCGCCUCGAUUUCAACAGCCGACCAGCAACAUCUGCCGGGGCCACUCCAAGUGAAUUUCCCGCGCAGGGUAUCCUGGCCAUUUAUGCACUGGCCACCCGCACACUGCAACUUCAGGUGAGGUUCCUGAGCGAACACCACAUGUAA